AUGAGUCCCCACUACACCAGCGAAGACUGUCAGACUGGUUCUGUUGAGAUCAUCAGUGACUUAUUUCCUCACUUCAAUUCAGCCCACAAAGUCACUGAUAGAGCUGGAUGCACACACUUGGAUGUAGACCUCAAUCUUCGCAGCACUCUUCAUUGCUGGUCAGCAAUGAUGUAUCGGCCAGAUGUGGUGAGGGCUAGGAAAAGAGUUUGCUGGGAGCCCUGGGUCAUCGGCCUCGUCAUCUUCAUAUCCCUCAUCGUCCUGGCAGUGUGCAUUGGACUCACUGUUCAUUAUGUGAGAUAUAAUCAAAAGAAGACCUACAAUUACUAUAGCACAUUGUCAUUUACAACUGACAAGCUAUAUGCUGAGUUUGGCAGAGAGGCUUCUAACAAUUUUACAGAAAUGAGCCAGAGACUUGAAUCAAUGGUGAAAAAUGCAUUUUAUAAAUCUCCAUUAAGGGAAGAAUUUGUCAAGUCUCAGGUUAUCAAGUUCAGUCAACAGAAGCAUGGAGUGUUGGCUCAUAUGCUGUUGAUUUGUAGAUUUCACUCUACUGAGGAUCCUGAAACUGUAAAUAAAAUUGUUCAACUUGUUUUACAUGAAAAGCUGCAAGAUGCUGUAGGACCCCCUAAAGUGGAUCCUCAGUCAGUUAAAAUUAAAAAAAUCAACAAGACAGAAACAGACAGCUAUCUGAACCAUUGCUGCGGAACACGAAGAAGGAAAACUCUAGAUCAGAGUCUGAGGAUCGUUGGUGGGACAGAAGCAGAAGAGGGUGAAUGGCCCUGGCAGGCUAGCCUGCAGUGGGACGGGAGCCAUCGCUGUGGAGCAACCUUAAUUAAUGCCACGUGGCUUGUGAGUGCUGCUCACUGUUUCACCACAUAUAAGGACCCUGCCAGAUGGACUGCUUCCUUUGGAGUAAGAAUAAAACCUUCGAAAAUGAAACGCGGUCUCCGGAGAAUAAUUGUCCAUGAAGAAUACAAACACCCAUCACAUGACUAUGAUAUUUCUCUUGCAGAGCUUUCUAGCCCUGUUCCCUACACAAAUGCAGUACAUAGAGUUUGUCUCCCUGAUGCAUCCUAUGAGUUUCAACCAGGUGAUGUGAUGUUUGUGACAGGAUUUGGAGCACUGAAAAAUGAUGGUAACAGUCAAAAUCAUCUUCGACAAGCACAGGUGACUCUCAUAGACACUGCAACUUGAAAUGAACCUCAAGCUUACAAUGACGCCAUAACUCCUAGAAUGUUAUGUGCUGGCUCCUUAAAAGGAAAAACAGAUGCAUGCCAGGGUGACUCUGGAGGACCACUGGUUAGUUCAGAUGCUAGAGAUAUCUGGUACCUUGCUGGAAUAGUGAGCUGGGGAGAUGAAUGUGUGAAACCCAAUAAGCCUGGUGUUUAUACUAGAGUUACGGCCUUGCGGGACUGGAUUACUUCAAAAACUGGUAUCUAA